AUGUCAACUUCUUAUCACGAAUUGCAUGUGCCCCUGACGGGCGCGAGCGGGUUCGUCGCCUCGCAUAUCCUCUCUAUCUUACUGGAGGUGGGCAAAGUUCACUUUGUGAUCGUUGCCGACUUCACUUCUCGAACACUGUUCAACACCUGGUUCAAAGACACAAAGGUUCCUUUUGAUUAUGACAUACACACAGCGUCACCCCUGAAAUUCAAUAUUGAAGAUAUGCAGAGGGAAAUGAUCGAGCCGGCGGUACAGGGGACGACCCAAAUCCUCCAAAGCGCGCUCCAACAUGGCGGAAGCACGCUGAAACGGUUCGUCCUUCUGGGAAGUGCUGUCUCGGUCACCGCGCAACAAGCCAUCGAGCGCAAGGAUUCGGUUCUGGGAUAUAAUGUCUCCAAUACACAAGUGGAGAAGAAGGCCUGGGACUUUAUGACCGAGUACAAGCCCCAGUUUGACCUGACGGUCAUCAAUCCCGAUAUCAUCACGGGUCCGAUGAUUCACCCUAUGGAGGGCAGGGGCUCGAUCAACGAGACCAACUAUUUUGCGGUCGCCAGUUUUAUCGAUGAAACCAACCCGAGGGUAGAGGAGGUGCUAUUUCCUUUUUACCACUUCGUGGACGUGCGUAAUGUGGCCAGAAGCCAUGUCGACGCGUUAACCAACCCUGCCGCGGCUGGCCAACACAUCUUGCUCGUCUCCGGUCUGAUUACUCCCCAGCUGGUCGUCAAUUUCAUUCGGAAACAUUUCCCCAACCUAAGAAAUAAUGUGCUCGAAAGAAUGCCGGCCAAAGAGCUGCCAGAGGGCGUACACCCAACCGGCUGGGAUAUGCGUGUCAGUCUGGCUAUUUUAUCUAAGGGGAGUGGCUCCGAAUGGAGAUACAUUGGGCUGGAGGACAGUGUGAAGGAUACGGUGCAGUCUAUGAUUCAGCGCGGGGUGUUGACCAAUUGA